UAUGAUUUUCCAGCAAACAGACGUGUUUGAUACGUUUUUAUGGUGGGCGAAAGUCCACUGCAGCCAUAAAGAGUGGCAGAUAAGCCGGAGCAAAGACGAGCGGCGAUCAGAGCGAGAGGAACCAGCGCCGAGAUGGACGUGGACCGGUCCCGGCUCGCCGCCAGCGCGCUUCUCAGCUGCCUCCUUGUGCUUCUGCUGCAGUCGCCCACCGAGGCCCAGAUCCUCUGUUCAGCCAGAACCGACGUCUACGUGGCAGAAAACCUGACGGCGGGCGUCGUCGUGGAGACGAUCGCCGUGGAGGCCGGAGUCACGCUGGCGCUCAAGCCCACGGCAGCGCAGGCCCCGUUCGAGCUGGUGCAGAACCAGCUGAGAACCACGGAGGUGUUGGACUUCGAGGUCACACCGAGGUACAUCAUCAACAUCGUGUGCUCUCAGGAAGAAACCUCUGCCACGCUGGACCUGGUCAUCAUUGUAUUGGUGACCAACGUGAACGACAACCCUCCGGUCUUCAGUCAGGGCCUGUACCGCGCUGACGUCAGCGAGAUGUCUCCUGUGGACGCGCCCGUCGGCAGCUUCCCUGCUACGGAUCGGGACAACCUGGGUCCUCUCUACUACACGCUCACAUCCGGGGCAGACCAAUUUAAACUGAGGUCGACCACGAACCCAGAGGUUCUGGUUAACAAGCUCCUGGAGUACGACAAGGUCAAAUCUGUCCAACUAGUGCUGGAGGUUCAGGACACGCCGCUGGCGCCGCCGGUCGAGCCCUCGUUCUCCUCCACCGCCACCAUCGUGGUCACCGUCACCGACAGGGACGACAGACCCCCGUGGUUCCAGCCCUGCAGCAGGCAGGAGGUGGGGGGGGCGGUGGUGUGCCUGGGCCCCGGCUACACGGGCAGAGUGGACCACAACGAGCAAGCGCCUGGAGUGCUGCAGCUGAAGCCCGGACCCCUGUACGCCGUCGAUGGAGACUCUGGAAUCAACGAGGGCGUGACCUACAGGUUCCUGAGUGGGAACGACGACGGCGUGUUCGCCAUCAGCCCGAGCACAGGAAACAUCAGCAUGCUGAAGCCCAGUGGGGCGCUGGGGACCGUCACGCUGACCGUGAUGGCCGCCCAGACCGUAAACACUCAUCAGUUCUCCACCACCUCCGUCGCCAUCAGUGUUCAGGUGAAGAGCCUCCACCCUCCACAGUUCCAGCAGCCCGUGUACGAGGCCGUGGUCACUGGCGUCGGAGCGAUGGCCCUGGACCCCAACAAGGAGGACGAGCCUCUGCGCAUCGUCGCCACCGACGGCGACUACGGCUCUGGGGGUGUGAAUCCCCACCUCUCCAUCUCCAUCAAAGGAACCAGUGACUUCGCCCUCAUUGACGGCUUCCUAUUCAUGAUGAAGGACCUCCCAGACGCCACCUUCACCCUGCAGGUGGUGGCUCUAGACGCGUCUACUGAUGAAUCAGACACAGCUGAUCUCACGGUGACCGUGGCAACAGGUCUCACCACCACCACUUUGCCUCCGAGCACAGACUUAACCAACAUGACGACUGUAGGGGAGUCCACCGCCUCCAGCAGCGCCGGGCCGCCCACCGAGGGCGGCGUGACGGGCCCGGGGAGCUCCAGCGCUCCGCCCCCUGCAGAGAUCGCGCCGUCGGGCCGCUUCGGGGCCGCGGACAUGGCGGCGCUGGGGGCCACGCUGGGGGCGCUGCUGUUCCUGUGCGCGCUGGUCAUCGGGGCGCUCGUCCGCCGCACGCGCAACGACAAAGCGGCCUGGAGGAAGAUCCACGAGGCCAGCGCGUUCCGCACUGGGCAAAGGGCCGGGGGCCGACAACGAGGGCAUUCAGUACAGCAACGAGGCGUUCGAGGGCGACGGCGACGGAGGCAGCAGCUCCAGCUCCUCCUCGGAAGGAGGCGAAUCCGGAGACGAGUGGCGUCAGACGCCCGCGCAGCUGCCGCUCAAAGAGGCCGCCGCCCGGUCCGCGGCGCCGCCCCGCCACCUCCUGCCCGACGACGGCAGCCAGGCCGACUCGGACGCGGCCGACAGCGAGAAGGGGGUGAAGCCCAUCCUGACCAAGGAGCGGCGCCUGGAGGACGGGUACAAGGCCGUGUGGUUCAAGGAGGACAUCGACCCCAACACACGGGAGGUGGUCGUGAUCCCGGACAGAGAGGACGAGCGCGACGAGGAGCAGAGGGCGGAUCUGGACAGUGGGAUCGGAGUGAGGAUGGACGAGGCCGCUCAGGACUUCACGGGCAGCAGCGACGACCUGUAGGAGCCCUGAGACACACAGGAUCCACCCAUAAUAAAAGCUAAUGAUGCUUUAUCAGCAGGCGCCUUAUCGCAGCUUUCUGUAAAUACUCACUGUAUGUGUCAUAACUAUUGUCAGGCAUCCGGAUUGGUUAUUUAGCUCUGAUGGU